UAUCAGUUCCCACCCAACUCUUCUCCAUAGACAAUUAACUUCAAUAUAUUUAUCACUCUUACUCUGCCGUUAGUCCAACAGAGAGACAAUAAUCCUACUCCUACACAAAAAGGGACAUGUCCCCUGGAACAAAUGUAAUUUACCCAUCACUUGAAAUUUGUUCUUGUCCACUGCACGUACCUGAGAGACUCUCGAAACUUUAGUUUCCCAAAUACCCAAUCUGAAAGUUACUCUUUCUUUUUCGUGGUUCUUAUCAGUUUACAAUUUGUUCAUGAAAUUUGACAACCAACAACAGAACCAGUUUCUAGUUUUCUUAACUCAUUCUUUGUUAGCUAGAUGUAUACUACAGAUGGAAAAGACAUGAUGACUAUGUGAUGCAGACAGGUAAUAAGGAAAGCUCACGAAAGAGAAAGCAAGUAUACACAAUAAUAACACCGGCCAAAUUAACAAGAAAGUCGCACCUUUCAGACCAAAUUAGAAUCAAGAGGAGGAAAUCUACAGCGCUAUUCUAUGGAUAUCAUAUACACAGAGACAUGAGGAAGACAAAUAGAAAGUAGAAAGAAAAAGGAGAACAGGGGUUAUUAGAAACCUGGAAGCAGAGUGUCUAUGGACAGCAGGGGUCGAUGCAGGGGAGAGGCAGCCGUGACCGGAGAAGGGAGAAGGGAGACCUCACCGGCCGGCCGUUGCGCUCGCCGGCAGGAGCGGGGAACGAGCCGCCGAAGACGACGACGACUAUGGAGACGGGCGACGGGGGAGUGGCGUCGAGCGAUGGCGAACGGCGACGACGUCGAGCGAUGGCGAACGGCGACGGCUUCGAGUGAUGGUGAACGACGACGGCGUCGGGCUACGGGGAACGGCGGCUGCGGAGGAGGAAGCUGCUUCUCCUUCGUGUCUGGCUGUCUACGCGAAGAGGAAGAAUGAAAUUAGGGUUUCAGCACAGUAGCCUCCCCUUUCAUUUUCGAUAUUUAAGUUUUUUUUAAUUAAAGCAACCGGCCCAAAGGUAAAAAACCGGGCGAGCGGCUCGAGCGGUUCAAGCGGUUAACCGCUUCGGCCGCUCUCCGGCCGCCCCAAAUAACCACUCCGACUAAAUAGUUGAGUCGAGCCGGUUUUAUGGUUGGGUGGCGAUUUUGGCGGCUCGACCGGCCGGCUCGGCUCGGCUUUGACAGCACUGCCUAAAACUAUGACGACUUGCCUGCCUCACUCUCCACCACCGCUUUUGACUUAACCGUCCCCUUCCUAGAUUUCCGAAACGUUUCACAGCGAAUCAGCGAUAUAACACCGUUUGUUAAAUUACAAUUAAUGUUUUGUUAGUAAAACAGUACCGGAAAAAAAAAUUAUAUUUCAAACUUUAUUCAUACCUUGGAUGUGGCUCAAGAUAGUAUUUAGAAAAUUCAGACAUAAGUAAGAAGAAUUAAAUAUCAUUUUUAUUUUUUCUAGUUUUCUUAAUUGCCUUAUAUCUUUUUCGUUUUAACUCGAAUUUUAAUUUUUUUUCACAGAUGGAACGAGUUCAUCGUGCUCUACAAAAUGAGAUCAAUUUUCAAUAUUUUUUGAGAAAAAAAAAAUUCUGGCCUCUCGAUACCAACUGCAUACCAUAUGAUAUCUUCUUCGUUUUUAAUUCGUUUUUGAAAAAGUUUGCACAGAAGGGACGAGUUCAUCAUGAUCUAUUGGAUUUACAAAUUUCUGGGUGAAGAAAUUACAGGACCAAAAAAUACCACACAAUACCAUACAAUACCACCCUGUACCGGGGUGGUAUUGUAUGGUAUCUUCUUCGUUUUUAAUUCGUUUUUGAAAACGUUUGCAUUGAAGGGACGAGUUCAUCAUGAUCUAUUGGAUCUACAAAUUUCUGGGUGAACAAAUUACAGGACCAAAAAAUACCACACAAUACCAUACAAUACCACCCUGGUACGGGGCGGUAUUGUGUGGUAUACAAUGUUAAAAGUCGUAAAUGACAAUUAAUAUACUUCUACUAUCAUGUAUUCAACCAUCCUACAGUCUUGGUUUGUUCAUACCACCAUGAUACGUUUUUCAAACCAUAGGUAUGCUUUUAUUUCAAUACCAUAGGUAAAAAAUGGCUCAAUUUUUUUUGUUCGAAAAAUAUAUUAAAGUGGAUAUCAUUUUGAAGAGCACAAUUAAUCUGAUCUAACUGUGCAAAAAAAAAAUUUCGACUUAAAAUGAGUGAGAAAUCGUCCAUCAAAUAUUAAAGAGGGGAAAAUUAAAGGCUUUCCAGGAGAGAGGAUGCUGAUGUCAUGUUGAUGUGGACGGGUUACUCAUGGUUACUCACCAUAAGGUUACUGACCUGAUCCAUUCCCCUUGGAUGUGAUAUCGUGAGGGAUGAGGCAGACCAGAGGCUAGCCAGGACUCAACGACGGGAAGAGGAGAUGAAGGGAGAGAAGAUGAAGUCUUAACUCUUACGCUCUGUUUGGGAAGAGGGGUAAAUGGGAGGGGUGCAAAUGUGAGGGGUAACACAGUUUCCCACAUAUUUUCACCUGUUUGGUUAAUUUGAAACAGUAGGGGUGCAAAACGGGAGUGUAAAUUUACUAUUUCGGCUUAUCCCAAAUUGGGGUGCAAGGGAAGGAAGGAAGAGAGGGGAAGGGGGAGGGAGAAGGGGGAAAUUAUGGAAUUUUGUUUUCUAAUUGUGUCAUAUAUAAUUAUAUAAUAAUUAAUAUUAUCAAUUUUUUUAUAAAUAUCAUUAAUGUAGACAUUAUUUGGGGUUCAUCAUUUGAUUCCGGAAAUAAGUUUAUCAAUGUUCAUCAAGUCAAAUCUAAAUCUCUUGGUUGACUCGAAUUUGCAUUGAAAAUUAGAGAUACGAAACUGUUUGUGGAAAAGAUAGAGAGAAAUUAUUUGAUUAACUCAAUUUAUUUGACUAAAUAGUUAAAACUUACAAAUUCGAAUGUGUUUGACAAUUUAAGAUUAAACUAGACACGAAAACCCUAUAUAGAAUGACUACUUACGAGUUGAGCUUCGAGUUUUGAGGUCGCUCGAUCAAUGAUAUACAGUUUUUAUAAUUAAUUAUUAUUUGAGCAUUAUUGUAUAAUAAUGAUUUCUAUUAAAGUAUAUUUAUUAUUAUAUAAUAAUAUUUAUUUUAUUAUUUUGUGAUAAUAUUUAUAAUUUUAAUAAUCUAUUUUAUAAUAAUAUAAUUACUUACUUUUGAGUCUAUUUGCACACCCCUACUUUUUCAUCAAAACAACAAUUUACCCCUCCAGUUACACCCCCAGCAAUUUACCCCUCAACUUGCCCCCGCAAUUUACACCCCUUGUUGUCAAACAAAGCGUUAAGGGCUGGCGAGCUAGGGCAUAGUAGAGGUUAGCCGAAACUCAGCUUCGGGAACUGGAUUCCUCCUUGUUUGCUUCGAAGAUUCUAGGUUUUUUUUUAUAAUAUAACUCAUGAACUAUGUGAUAAUAUGUAAAUGAUCCAUUGAUAAAAGAAAAAUAUAAAUGAUUCUUUGUUAGUGAUUUCCGUGGUUGUUUUUAUGGUCAUAAGAUUCACAUCAUUAAGAUUAAUAAGCAAUUAAGCACAAAAAAUUGUUUUUCGAAAUGUGUAUUAUUUACUCAUAGAGAACAAUUUUCACCCAUUAUGUUUCAAUACUAAACAUUUCACUCACCAAAAAAAAAAAAAAUACUAAACAUUUCAUUAAUUAAGCCACUAUACCAAAAAAUUUGCUUUUUAUACCCCAGGAUAUAUAUGUAUAUAUUUUUGGUAAAAUUAUUUAGGGUUAAUACCCUAGUUUGGCCCGAAGUUUGGCCUAAGUGACAGUUUUGGCUCGAUUUUUCUAAUAAGACAGUUGUGGCCUACUUUUCAACUUAUUGGACAAACUUGGCCCAACGUUUGGGUUGACCGUCAAUAUUAACGGUCAAACAUUUUUACAGUUAAUGACUCAGCUAAAUUUACUGAUGUGGACGCUGCAUGAGUGAGUAGUGACACAUCAUUAAAUAAUUAUUUAUUUAAUUUUUAGUUAGAAUUUUUAAUUCUAAAACCAAUUUAAUUAUUAAUAAAUUCCCAAUAUAAAA